UGGAAAAGAGAUAGCAGAACGAGUAAACCUACUCCGAUUGAAAAACCGAACGAAUUUAUUUGCCAACCCAAUAGUUUGACCCAGUGCAAUUCAGUUCAGUUCAGUGCAGUUUUAGUGCAGUUCUGGUGUAGCGAAAGCGAACAAACCAUAUGAUGUCAAACGUGUGCAGAACGUUAAGACAUUCUACGAAAAUGUUAAGCAAAUUCGUGACAUCAAGAAACGCGUUUUCGUGGGAUCAGCGAUUAUCAUCGAUGGCCAGCAAAGUCCGUCAGAUAGAGGAACGAAAGGUCAAUGUUAACGGCAUGGAUAUAAAUUAUGCCAGAGUCGGCACGGGCGAUCAUCCGGUGUUAUUAUUGCCCGGCGCAUUGGGAACGAUCUGGACUGAUUUUAAGCCGCAGAUUGAAAAUCUUGACGUGGAUAAGUUGGUCAUAGUGGCGUGGGAUCCACCCGGCUAUGGAAAAUCGCGACCACCUGACAGAACGUUCUCGGACGAUAUGUUCCAGCGCGACGCCAUUUGCGCCCACAACUUGAUGAAGACUUUAGGCUACGAGAGAUUUUCUCUGAUCGGUUGGAGCGACGGUGGCAUUACGUCGUUGCUGCUUGCUUCGAUGUAUCCCGAGAGCAUCUACAAGAUGGUUGUUAUAGGUGCAAAUGCGUACAUACAGCCGGAUGAAGUGAAAUUAUAUGAAAAUAUCAGAGAUAUCAAUUCGUGGUCGAAGAAGAUGAGCACACCUAUGAUACAAGUGUACGGUAAGGAUUACUUCAAAAAGAUUUGGUCUGAUUGGGUGGACACCAUGCAGAGGUUAUACAAGAAACAGAACGGUGACUUGUGCAAACAGGUUUUAUCGAAGAUAAAAUGCCCAACGUUGAUUGUUCAAGGGGCCAAAGAUGUGUUGGUUCUGCCGGAACAUCCGAAGUACCUGAAGCAAAACAUUGCUAACUCAAAAAUGUACAUCUUCGAAAAGGGCUCGCAUAACCUUCACUUGAGAUAUCCCGACGAAUUCAACAAAUUGGUGUUGAAUUUUCUCCUAGAAAAAUCGAAGAUUUAAUACAUUCAAACGGUGUGAUAAAUAUCUCGAAUAUUAUGGAAAUUAGAUACACGUAACAAGUUUAUCAAAUGAGAUAACUAUUACAGAGAAAAGCCUCUGAAUAUACUCCAAAAAAUAUUCAGGAAUUCCAAUCGUAUGUGCGCUAUCCCGUGCUCGAAAUAGACCUAUAUCAUCAUAUCUGGCCAGGAGUGAGAAUGAUAUGAAUUUAAGGGCUGUCAUUACGGCCCAAAUAGUCUCAGUGUCUGAAUAUCCAUUCGUUGCCCGAAUUUAUGGAUAUUAUCCGCGUAUCUGGACGAUACUGAAGGAAAGCUCAGAUGUCAGUUGAAAAAUCAGUAAAUUCAGGUAUGUCGGCUUACAGAACAACCUAAGCUGUUCUUGCGUGGUUCAGUGAUAAAAGAUAGAGAUUAGUACAAUAUCUAAAAUCUUUUGAUUUUAAAAAACCAAAACUCAUACUAUAGAAUAGCAUUGUCAAAUGAAUUACUUACCGCUUUGUUACUUUAAUCUUCACAAAAAGAUAGCUCAACAAAUUUAGUUUUAGUACAACGAAGAAUCAAGCGACGCUAAUAACACAAUUGAACGUGCUUGAACGAAGAAUCAAACGACGCUAAUAACACAAUUGAACGUGUUUGCAAACAGAACUGCUACUUCAGCUUCAAUUACACAGUAGACGAAUGUCAUGUUCUAUCUGACAGAGUUUAGUACUUUAUAGCUGAAUACAAACAUAGGUAUGUUAGUUUACCAUAUCUAUGUUAGUUUUAGUACUUCUUCUUUAAUAUAAUAAAUAUCGAUUCAUUAAAGACCCUGCGACCACGUAAUAUCCUUUUCAUUCCAACAAAUGCGAUAAUGCGUAAUGCUAGCAUGAGCAAUCGAGAUGCUGUACGUCUAGAGGAUGGUUAACGAGUCAAUACCCUCCGAUACAAUAACAUGUUCGUUCUUAGGAGGAAAAAAAAACUCGCAGCAGACGCGGAAUCAGAUAUUAUUGCAGUCAGCUCACAGGUCUCUUGUCGAGACCGACGUGCCGGGCUCGAGAUAUGUACUGAGAAAUCCUUCGUACAUAGAUAGAAAGCGGUCUUGUGCCACUUAUUAUACAAGCGCCUUUAUAUCCGAAGAGGGCCAGGCGCUUUUUCGCCGCUCGACCUGCCCGACAAGCCGUAUAUUGAACACGGAUUGACCGGUAAUGAUCGAAAUGCGGCCACCUGCGACCUCGAAUGACCCCCCGCAGGUGAUCCUCCGCUUGUGAGUCUUGAAAGCGAGAUAACACGCAAUCUUUUUCCAAAGAUAUUGAGGGCGCGGACCAUGAGCUUUUAAUGCUCCCCGAUCGAGAGAUAAUCCGAGACUUAGUUUCUCCAGGCUUUUCCUGCUCAUUACGAAAGUGGAGAAAUUAAGCACACCCGAAGCGUAUCGUUUACUAUCAUAAUAGAAAUUGAAUAACCCUAAAAUACUAUAAUAUUAACGUGUGUGUCCGAGACAGAGAUGAUUUUUGACGAAUCUCCUUCUUUCCUGUUUGUUUUACACUCCAAGAUAUUAUUUCGUUUUAUAUUUUGAAAAUGUACAGGAUGUCCGGUAAUUCAUGGUACACCGCUUGUGAGCAAGUAGAAUGUGUUAAACUGAGCAGAAAAGUCUUCUACUAUUUUGCAAACAAUCACGCAAAAUUUCGAGUUAUUGAUAAUUGAAAAUGGCCUUUUCUGCUCAAUUUAAUCCAUUCUAUCUACACACAAGCGGUGUUGCGUGAAUUACCGAACACUGUAUGUGUUACAUCAAACAAUCUUUAAGUUUCUCCUUUUUUAGCUACUACGCGUCUCCAAGACAUAGAGUUAGGAGCAUAAGUCCAAGUGUAAAGAUUAGUAUUCUAGAGUUAAAAAGCCCAAAUGAGAGACCAAAAUGACUGGCUCACUGAGAUUAGACAAUAAAGUUUCGCUUUAAUAUCUGAAAUAAAAUGAAACAAGUUCGCAGUGUGACGUAAGACCGAUCUCAAGCGCGAAGAGAGACAUAUCCGAAAUGGACUCUGCGAAUCGCAAAUUCAGCUUGUUCUCGGGUUGAACUCUUCGACAAAACUUUGUUAGGAGAAACUUUUCUACGCGAUCGAAUGUUUAUAUGUAUCUCGACACAUAUAAGCCCUCGAGAGCUUUGUGAAUAAAAGGAGUCGGUUAGACGCAGGAUAUGCAACUAUAUCGUCACGAGUGCGGCCGCUUCCACUUAUGUAGCCGAGAGCCGAGCGACUUCGCAUUUCUUAUAUAUAUAUAUAUA